UUGCUCUCCAAAGCUCUGCCCUUCUCCGUUUCAAGAACACCUUUUCGAUUGAGGAGUCUUCAAGUUUUUCCAAGACAAAUUCCUGGAAAGAGGGUAGUGAUUGCUGCACUUGGGAUGGGGUUACUUGUGAUAGGUUCACCGGUCAUGUGAUUGGACUUGACUUAAGUUCUUCUGGGCUUACUGGUCCUAUCAACGACAAUAGCAGCCUCUUCCACCUUCACCAUCUCCAGAAGCUCAAUCUAGCUUACAAUAUUUUCGAUCCAUCCACCAUCUCACCCAAGUUUGGUCAGUUCACCAAAUUGACACAUCUUAACCUUUCUGUAUCCUCUUUCUAUGGCCUAGUUCCAACCGAAAUCUUUCACUUAUCUAAGCUUGUUUUGCUUGACCUUUCUUACUCUAGAAGUCUGGAACUGCGUCAACAUGGUUUUAAAAAACUCUUGCAAAACAUGACAGAACUAAGAUAUCUUCAUCUGGAUUCUGUCAACAUGUCUUCUGUUGCAGUUGGUUCUUUUGCAAACCUGCCUUCUUCUUUGAUAUCUCUGAGUCUUCAGAGUAAUUACAUGCAAGGCAAGUUUCCAAAUGAUCUUUUCCGAUUUCCAUUUCUCCAGCUGCUCAGAUUGUCUGACAAUCAAAACAUAACGGUUAAUUUGCCAAAUUUCAACAGGAGCAAUCCUCUUUAAUUAUUGGAUCUCUCUUCCACAAACUUUUCAGGGAAAUUACCCGACACAAUCAGCAAUCUGAUGCACUUGAAUGAUUUGCGUCUAAGUGGAUGCAAAUUCGAAGGGUCAAUUCCACCGUCACUUGAAAACCUUACUGAAAUCACUUUUUUGGAUCUGUCAUUCAACGGUUUUACUAGUCAAAUACCAACAUCGAUAUCUAAACUUGACCAGCUCACUCAUCUUAAUCUUGGAGACAACAAAUUUUCUGGGUCAUUACCAUCAUCACUUGAAAACCUUACUGAAAUCACUUCUUUGGAGCUGUCAUUCAACGGUUUUACUGGUCAAAUACCAACAUCGAUAUCUAAACUUGGCCAGCUCACUCAUCUUGAUCUUGGAGACAACAAAUUUUCUGGGUCAUUUCCUCUGUCACUCGAAAACCUUACUGAAAUCACUUCUUUGGAUCUGUCAUCCAACGGUUUUACUGGUCAAAUACCAACAUCGAUAUCUAAACUUGGCCAGCUCACUUAUCUUGAUCUUCGAGACAACAAAUUUUCUGGGUCAUUUCCUCUGUCACUCGAAAACCUUACUGAAAUCACUUCUUUGGAUCUGUCAUCCAACGGUUUUACUGGUCAAAUACCAACAUCGAUAUCUAAACUUGGCCAACUCACUUUUCUUUAUCUUUGAGACAACAAAUUUUCUGGGUCAUUUCCUCUGUCACUCGAGAACCUUACUAAAAUCACUUAUUUGGAUCUUUCAUCCAACGGUUUUACUGGUCAAAUACCAACAUCGAUAUCUAAACUUGGCCAGCUCACUCAUCUUUAUCUUUGAGAGAACAACUUUUCUGGGUCAUUUCCUCUGUCAAACCUUACUGAUAUCACUGUUUUGGACCUGUCAUCCAACAAUUUAACAGGAGUCAUCCUCCCGUCAUUUUGCAAUUUGAGCUCUAUUGUGUAUAUUGACUUAUCAAAUAACAAUUUUAGUGGAUAAAUUCCACCGUGUUUCGGAAAAUUUGGUACGGGCCUCGAUUCCCUGAAUUUGGAGAUGAACAACUUCCAUGGUAGCCUUGGAUCUUUAACAUUUCCAACUUCCAGUAGUUUGACGGCUCUUAUGCUUAAUGGCAAUCAAUUGGAGGGACCAUUACCACCAUCUUUGAUUAAUUGUACCGAUUUGGAAAUCCUAGAUAUUGGGAAUAACAUGAUUAAUGAUACCUUCCCCUACUCUCUAGAAGAUCUUGAAAACCUUCGUGUUAUUAUUUUGAGAUCUAAUCGAUUUCAUGGUCCCAUUAACAAUUCCAGUGCAACAUUUCCCUUCCCUAAAUUGAGAAUACUCGACCUUUCCCACAAUCAAUUUACUGGUCCUUUGCCAAUAAAUUAUUUUAACAAUUUUGUGGCUAUGAUGCCUUCGUCCAUGGAUAAUGUCGGAUUCAGAUAUAUGUUCAAUUCUGAAUUCGAAUAUUAUUCAGUAACUUUGUCGAUCAAAGGAGGUGAGAUGGAAAUGGAAAGGAUUCUAACCAUUUUCACAACCAUAGAUUUGUCCGACAACCUGUUUCGAGGACCAAUUCCAGAGGUGAUUGGAAAGCUACAGUCACUCAAACUGCUCAACUUCUCUCACAAUAGCUUAACUGGUGAUAUACCAUCGUCAUUGUCAAAUUUGACACAACUUGAAGCAUUAGAUCUCUCUUACAAGCAGCUCGUUGGAAAUAUUCCAAUGCAAUUGACAAGUCUAACAUUUCUUUCAGUGCUAAAUUUGUCAUACAAUCAGCUUGUGGGACCUAUACCUCAAGGAAAGCAAUUUGAUACAUUUCUAAACGAUUCCUUUAUUGGAAACUUGGGUUUGUGUGGAUCAACAUUGUCAAAAAAAUGCAGCAAUGAGGAACCAAAUCAACCAACAUCAGUAAUCCUUGAAGAAAACAAUGCUUCAAGCUGGUUUGAUUGGAAAAUUGCCUUGAUGGGAUACGGAUGUGGAUUGGUACUUGGCAUAUCUAUUGGUUACAUUGUGUUCUCAACAGGAAAACCACAAUGGUUUGUGAGAUUGAUUGAAAGAGAGGGUCCGAAAAAGGUGAGAAGGCUGAAUAGGGGAAGUAGAGGAAGAAGAAAUUAGCAUCUGAAAGUUGCUCUUCAAUUUUACGACUUGGAAGAGUUGAUAAACAUGGAAGAGUAGUAUUUGGGAGCUGGAUAAGCUGCUAUAGUCUGUCUCUGAGUAAUCUUCAAUCUUCUGUAUUCUAAAUUUCCAUGUGAGAUUGAGAGUUAGAAUUGCCAUAACUAUGUAUGCAAGAUAUGUUAAUUUUGAAGAAUUCCAAUUUAAUAAAGUUCUUAAUGUUCCCUCUCUUGCCU